AUGUCGUUCGUGUGGAAACAAGUUUUUGAGAUGGCCGACUGUGCAAAGGAUAAUCAAAAGAAAAAUUGUACGGCGUGGGACAUUUGCCAUGGAAUCGAUCGUAAAAAUAUUCCAAGGGUGCAAAACGACGUAAUCGACCCAUGUAGUGGACUCGAGAUUAUGGAGUUUAAAGCGAACGCGGAGAAAAUGGAGCUCAUUGUUGAAGAGGGUGCCGUCUACAGAAUUGUUAUUGAUUUUGAUCACUACGAGCAAGAACCAAUGGAAGUAUCUUGGACGAGAACCGCUCAAAAAGUGAAUGAUAUGGAAAUUGAUGAUUCGUGUGAGGAAAUACAAACACUUUAUCGACAUCCAAAUAAGCGAGUACCUAAAGAGUUCGAGUCACCAGUGCUGAAGAUCGUUUUGAUUGUUGGUCUCAUCCUCGGACAUUUCUUUCUCAUCAGCGUUUUUUGCUUGCUGAGUUGCAUUACGGAAAUUUUCUGGCUAGUCGUCUUGCAAAUCAGUGCUGAAGAUUUGUGGAGGAGAGAUCUGUUCCUUGGGAGAAGCUCGUCUACCGACAAUGAGCAAACGCAUGGAGUCAGUGGGAUUGCUAUGAAUCGACAAGGCACCCCAUUCACCAUUCAUGCACCCGACCCGAGUGCUUUCCUCGGAUUUGUCUCACCAAAUCGUUUACCCGCUUCACCCUUGGCAGCUACAAUGGAGACAUCGUUUGGUAUUCGAUCGACUCCAUUAACCAGCGUCCAAUCACCCGAUGAGCCCAUUCCUAGCUAUAUGCCUCAAUACAAUGAUCUCAGCCCGUUCAACCCAUUGAAUAGAGGCCCAUUUUUUUGCUUUCCACGGACGUGCCUCGCCCACUUCUUUAGAGUGGCUCACAAAGCACUUGAAGUUGACGAAAAACAUCGAUGCCCUUGGAAGACACACGGAGAAAAUUUUGCCCAACGU